AUGUUCUGCCCGUUUUCCGCCAUAGCGAGUCUGGGCAAUUGUCUGUUCACCACGAAGCCAGAGCCUGCCACCAUCCUAGUUGGAACAGGAGACAACUUCGAAAGCGCAAAUGCUUGUGUCAUGUAUCAAGCCAGACAGUACAUUCUUCAAGAGAAAAAGGCCAGUGAUGAGCUGUUGGCUGAAAUGAAGGCUAUCGAGGAAGGGGUUAAACCAGAGUGGAUGGAGAACUGGUACGAUGGACUCGGAUACUGCACCUGGAAUGCUCUUGGGCAACGCCUCACGGAUGAAAAAGUGUUUGACGCUGUCGACAAGCUAGCCGAGAAUGAUAUCAAAGUCUCCAGCCUCAUCAUUGACGACAACUGGCAGACAAUCGACUACAGAGGGCAUGGCCAAUUUCAGCAUGGAUGGUGUGAGUUUGAAGCUGAACCGAAAGCUUUCCCUCAGGGCCUGAAGGCCACCGUGGCGCACAUUCGCCAGAAGCAUCCGCAUAUCCAGCACAUUGCCGUCUGGCACGCUCUUCUAGGGUAUUGGGCGGGUAUCUCACCGGAUGGAAAGAUUGCACAAGAGUACAAGACGGUAGAAGUGAUCCGGGAGGACGCUGAGCGACGCAACCUACCACUCGGAGGCAAGAUGACCGUAGUCGACAAAGACGACGUCGAUAGGUUUUACAACGACUUUUACAAAUUUCUCGUUGACUGUGGCAUCGACGGCGUGAAGACGGACGCCCAGUUCAUGACUGACACCUGGGUCUCGGCCAGGGCACGUCGCGAGCUCAUUGACGCUUACCUAGAUGCCUGGACUAUAUCCUCUCUCCGGCACUUCAGCAUCAAGGCCAUCUCCUGCAUGUCGCAGACGCCGCAGAUCAUGUUUUACAACCAGAUGCCCCGGCACAGGCCUGCGAUCCUCUGCCGCAACUCGGACGACUUCUUCCCCGAGAUCCCAGCCUCCCACCCCUGGCACGUCUGGACGAACGCCCACAACAGUCUGUUCACGCAGCACCUCAACAUCCUGCCCGACUGGGACAUGUUCCAGACCGUUCACGACUACUCAGGUUUCCACGCCGCGGCGCGCUGCGUCAGUGGAGGACCAAUCUACAUCACCGACGUCCCCGGGCAGUACGACCUGGACCUCAUCAAGCAGAUGACGGGCCCCACGAUCCGCGGCAAGACCGUCAUCUUCCGGCCCAGCGUCGUCGGCAAGACCAUUGAUCCCUACACGGGCUACGACGACGACGGCCUGCUCAAGAUUGGCAGCUACCACGGCGCCGCCGUCACGGGCACCCCGAUUCUCGGCGUCUUCAACAUCUCCGCCCGGCCCCUAACGGAGAUCAUCCCGCUCGCCGCAGCCUUCUCCGGCGUCCUGCCCUCAAUGCGCUACGUCGUCCGGGCGCACUCGUCGGGUAAGGUCAGCAAGCCCGUGUCCUCCGGCUCGGCCGCGUCUUCCCUGACGGUGUCGCUGGACGUGCGCGGAUACGACAUCUUCACUGCCUACCCGCUCUCCGGGUUCGACAGCGAGACCAAGGGCAAGGUGUGGACCUCCAACCUGGGUCUGGUGGGCAAGAUGACUGGCGCCGCGGCCAUACUUAAUAGCGACUUCAUGCUACGGCACGAUGGCAAGGUUGAGCUCAAGACUCGUCUCAAGGCGCUCGGCGUUUUUGGACUUUACAUCUCGAAGCUACCAGAGUUGACAAUCGAGGAUGACUUCCUCGUCACCAUUCAGAACUCUGUCAUCCCGGUCCACACGGUGUCCCUCAGCAAGGACCAUGAUUGCGUCCUGGAGAUUGAUAUUGAGAAGGCGUGGCAGGAGAUGGGUCUUCACCCCGGCUGGGGCAACGAGGUCGAGAUGACGGUUGUGUUUGCCAUUGACCACGAGGAGGCCCAGGAAGUGUAG